GACGAUUGAUCUUCUGCGACUGUUCUCCGUUGUUACUUAACCGUAGUACCCAUGAAAGGCGGUAGGGUUCGCCUCGGCGACAGAGAUCAAAGUUGGCAUUUCCAUUUCUAUUUCGGGUUUUUGAAUUAUUUUUUAAAUUUCAUUUCAUUAUCUCUCGCUUGAAAUAUGUGCGUAAUUCAAUAAGGUUUAAGAAAAUGUAAAAUUUAAUUUCAUAACGUUUGAUUUGAAUUUAUGAAACUUAAAAUUAUUACUAAAAUUACUGCUGCAGAGGUAGCCUAAGCCGCCUAGGCUAUAUAAGGUCACCGCUACCCUCAACAUUAUUCACACAUUUUUUUGAGAUUUAACAAACUCGAAAAUGGUUUUCAAAGACUUUUUGACCACUGUGAAAUCCACGGUAUCUUCCUUGUUGUUAGAACCGGUCCCCACAAACCAGACUGAACAACAACCAGACACUAACAUACUAGAUUCUUCUAACCCAUAUCAAUACCCGAUGGAAUUAAAAUUAACACCUAUUAAUGAACGUGAUGUACACUUUGACGAUUUCAGUAGUACCCGACUUCCUUCCUCCGGAUUAAUUCCUCUAUCAAACCAGAGGAAAUUUAUUCCGACUUUAUCUGGUGUAGUUCCUGGAAACGUACCUUCCAAUAACGCCAUUUACCUGAAAAACGGCCAAUACAAGACCAUCAAAGCCGAACCAAACCACCAGACUGUGUUCACGAUUCCCAUAAAACCGGAAGAACAAAUGAAAACCGAAUUCAAGACGAAAAUUUUUCCGGAACGUUGUCACAAUCAAGUUCCGACAACCAACAACAUGCAAGAGGCAACCGACCGGACCCGCAUAGUAAUUCAACCUACUAUUUGGAAACCGGAACCAGCCUCAGCCUUAUUACCUGACAGUACUGAGUCUAUGGUUAAAAAUACCGAAAUCACGACGGUCGAUGAUUUACCGGCGAUAACGAAAAUCACAGCACAAGAGUAUGUGCUAGAUUUAAAAAACGACAACCGGAAUCUCAAAAACGAGAUUGGAGUAUGUCAGAAUGUCAGCGCCAGACUACUCGGUGUUGAAGAGAUGGCACAGGAGGUGGAAUCUAUGAAGGAAACUCUCGCCGAGUGCAAACAGGAUAGUCGGAAAUGUCAGCUAUUACCAAAUCCAGAAAAACCGGAUGAUUACGAUGAUCGUUUAAAGCAACUCAGAAACGACAAUUACCAACUGAAAACUGAACUCGAGACGUCAGCUCGUACGUUGAGUUUGCAAUCGGAAGAAAUUAAAAACCUGACGGCUAGAACAAACGAACUGACCAACAGGUUGAAGGAAACAUCAUUGAAAAAUGAUGAGCUGAUUUUGAAGUUUGAUAUUUCACGUGAAAUGGCUCUGACAAUUACAGAUGAAUUUCAUGAAAUUGAAUCGAAAUUGAAAAAGGAGAUUAACAACUUAAAAGAUCAGUUGAACAGGAAGGAGAAAAUCUUGGAGGAUAAAGAAGUAAUUUUGGAGUCUACCCUGCAGGCUAGAAAGGUUGCUGCCCAAAAAGGCGAGGAGAUGCACCAGGCACAGCUCGAACUUCAACUAGCCUAUCAGAAAAAUCUAAACGAUCAAUUAGAAAAUCAAUCAACCGAAUUGAAAAACACAAUGAAACAGAUAAGGGCGGAAUAUCGACUCAUUUCCAAGGAAAGAGACGCUACUUUCUUGUCCACUGAACAAGCCCGGAAAUUGGCCGAGCAAACCAGACAACUAACCGACGAACAAGCUGCUGUUAAUGGUCUCCUUCUUUCGGAAAAAACUCAACUAGAAAAAGAGUUGGCUGCAUCCCUGUCUGAAAUCGACGAGCUCAAGAAAGAGAAAUCCGUUUUGCUCUGCAAUGCCUCAACGGCCACCGAAUCUCGGCUUCGAAACGAAAUCGUCAAUUUAAAAUCUAAAAUAGAAGAUCAGAAUGAGACACUAUCUUCAACGAUGUCGGAGCUGGAACGAAUAAAACACGACGACAGUUUCCUAUACAUCAGCUUGGAAUCUACCAAAGCAAUGCUCGCAGAAAAGGAGACUGAAAACGAGGAUUUAAAUAUCCGGAAUUGGGACCUGAAAAACGAAAAAUCUUUGCUAGAAAUAUAUAAUAAAAACCUGAAGAGGGAGGCUGAAGAUUCAUGGAGAAAACUAGAGCGAAUGGAGCGAGAGAAUCAAGAUCUUCUGGUCACCCGAGAUGAGGUUUUGCAAUCAGCCCAAAAGGCGGAAAAGUUGGCUAAAGAGCAAGUGGAGGAGCUAACGGAAGCCUUGGCUGCACUGCAAGAAGCACUUGAAUGUACUUUGGACGCAGCUGCAGCGACGAAAACCGAACGAAAAUCGAUGAACUCUGGCGCGACUAAAAUCGAAGGAGAAAUCCCAAAAAAGAAAAAUUGGAUUAAAAAACUGAUUGCCAAGAGCAAAAGCGGCAAAAGCCGACAGUAUGAAGAUGGAUACGCGGAUUUACUGGAACGACAGGGCAAAAGAUGGUGCAAAGGGCCAAAAGUCUGCAAGAGCAUGCGAACAACUUAAAAACAGAAGGGAAAGCGCUGACCAAAAAGGCUAAAACAAUACAAAAAUAAACUUUCACCUUUUUAUUUUAUUUUGUUUCGUUGCUGUCUAUACCUUCUUGACGAAAUCUGGAAAUGGUCCGUUACAUCGAGUUUUCAAUAGCACCUGAAAAUGUUAUUGGAUUUACUCGUGCGUCUGGAUAGGCCUACUAACUUUAGUUGCUGCGGUUACC